CUCUGGCGGCCGGGAUCGAGCAGCGCCAACCCGGACACCUCAACUCGGAAAGUAUGGAGGCUGUGUCGGAGGAGCUGCGGGCCGGCUCCCGGAUUCCAGUGACCAUCGAUCAAAUAGUUAACGACACACUCGUGGUGACACUUACGUACCGAGAGAAGAACUACACAGGGAUUUUACUUGAUUGCAACAAAAAAACUGGGCUGUUCUGCCUGCCUGAUGUUGUAGGGAAAACAGAGGAAUCUCUCGUAUCGAGACAGGAUUGCGCAGUUCAGAGCGAAGAGCCUGGUGCUAAACCCCAGAGUCAGAUGGCACCGCAACCAAAGGAUGAAAAUAGCCUCCCUGACAAGAACCCUCCUGCCCCUGUGCCUGCCCCUGUGCCCGCCCCUGUGCCCAUCCCUGUGCCUGCAGGUCAGGCACCCUACCCUCCAUACUUUGAGGGUGCACCCUUCCCACAGCCCAUGUGGGUUCGACACACCUACAGCCAGUGGGUACCCCAACCUCCUCCUCGUCCAAUUAAGAGGAAGAAGAGACGAACUCGAGAGCCAGGCCAAAUGACCAUGAGCACUAUCCGCUUACGACCGCGACAGGUGCUUUGUGAGAAGUGCAAGAACACACUGAAUAGUGAUGAGGACAGCAAGGAUGGGUCUACAGUGGCCAAGACAUCCCGUAAAGAAAAUGCUCCACAGGGUGGUGAUGAUGCCAAGGAGACAACUGCAAAGAACCAGAAGAAGAUUGAUGGAGAUGCUAACAAAGAGUGUAAAAGACGGGAGGAUAUGCCUAGCUACGACAGCAAACGCUUCCGGAAAGACAAGAAGGAAGAGGAGAAGUUUCCUGGGGGGGACGUUGUUCCUCAUAGUCCUGUCAUCAAGAUCUCUUACAGCACCCCACAAGGAAAAGGUGAGGUCAUGAAGAUCCCUUCAAGAGUACACGGGUCUGUCAAACCCUUUUGCCCCAAACAGCUAAUCCAGAACGGGCUCGGUGAACGUGAUGGUAGUCGCGAGUCUCAGAAAGACCUGCGCUCUCCCGUUAACCCAAUAAGAACUGGCCUGACUGUGUCCAUUCCCAAACUCAAGCUACCAAAGCCCAUGCUUGAUGGCCAGGACAUCCCAUCACCUAAAAUCCGAUUACGGUCCCGCGGUGACGGUGAUGACCACGACUCUCUAUACGAGGCAGAGUUGGUAGGAGGGACCCGAAGACGCAGUCCGAGACUUCCAGGUUCCGGGCUGCCACACUCUGACGAUUCAGGAGAGAAGAACUCUCUUGAGCUUUGGUCAGGCAGUUCAGGGGAGGAGGCUGAGCGGCACGGUGACCUGACCUUGCUAAUCAACUUCCGGAAGAGGAAGGCGGACUCAUCGAGCCUGUCGGUGUGCAGCAGCGACAGCCUAGAUGAAUCCAAAUCGUUCAGCUCAGACGGAACAUCACCGGAACUGUGUGACCUAGCGCCGGGAGAUGACAUAUCCGUUUCAUCAUCUUCACGAGGAGAGGGCAAAACUGUUCCACCGCUUACAGUGCGACUACAUACACGCAGUAUGACCAAAUGUGUGACAGAGGAGGGUCAUGCAGUGACAGUUGGGGAUGUGGUAUGGGGGAAGAUCCAUGGAUUUCCUUGGUGGCCGGCACGGAUCUUGAGCAUCAGUGGUAGUCGAAGGGAGGAGGGUGAAUGUGAGGCGCCCUGGCCUGAGGCAAAGGUGUCCUGGUUUGGCUCACCCACCACCUCCCAGCUGUCCGUCGCAAAACUCUCACCCUUCCGUGAGUUUUUCAGGUUGCGAUUCAAUCGUAAGAAGAAAGGGAUGUAUCGUAGGGCUAUUGUCGAGGCUGCCAAGGCUGUCGGUCACAUGGGCCCUGAAAUCACCUCUUUGCUGUCACACUGCGAGACAUAGAGUCUGAGGUCUGAAGAAUAGCUGUCAUUCUGGGGUCUGCUCACACUUCCUGUAAGCAUCCUCGUGGGAGAGAGAGUGCCUGUGGUUGCCACGGAUAUUAUGAGUGAAGGCUCUUUUUCACAUUGCUGGAGGAAAAUGGCCUUCCAUUGAGGAGCUGACUGACUGGGUUUGGGAGCAAGGAGGGCCUGUUGGGGGCAUCUCAAACACUACCCAGAAGAAUUCCUCCUCUUCACACCCCCCUCUCCUCUCUCUCUCUCUGUCUCUGUCUAGGACUUAUGUUUCAUUAGAACGAGUAGCUCAACACUAUAAAUCCGAAUGUAUUUAUUAUUCGCGAAACACUCAAGGCAACUGCUUUUUUUGUUUGUUUGUUUUUUAAACAGUCCUGUUAGAUCUCCUCACUGCUGCUGUUUUCUUACUGAAGGGUCCUUCUCUCUCUCCUUCUCUAUGCGCUAGUAAAAUGGCUCACGUCCACAGAUGAAUUUCUGACGGAGAGCUGCGUCGGCUUAGUUCAACCCCAGUGCCAUCCUUAUCGGGUGCUGAAAUAAACAGAACAAACAAACACAAAUUACAAAUGACAAGUCUUACUCCACAGUCUUUCCUCUUCAAGUAUGAAAAUGUGAAACUCUUUUUGGGGUUUUUUUCUCUUUCUUUUGAAAUCCUCUGCAUCUAGAGAUCAAUCAGUAGGUCUUACUACAUGCAGUAACUCAUUGUUUGUAGCUCCAUCUUCACCAGAUGGAUGUGUUUCUCCAACUGGUUUCUGUCCCCUUGAAGAAAUAUAUCUUCUGUCCACCAUUU